AUGUAUCUUCCGCUCGAGCUACCUACAAUACCUCCAUUCCAGCUCUUUUGGGACAGUCAGACCGAGGUGACGGUAAAGACUGUUCUCAGGAUCAGCGUAUUGGUAGGAAGUUACCAGAAAGCACAGGAUGAGACUCUGCUGUUACUGGCAGCUGGCUUUGGAUCUAGGUUUCCAAUUGAACAGAAGCGCCAUGUCAUCCUCUUUUCGACUCCUGGCAUCACUCCGCUUGAGACGCCAACUGGUUGGCACAAAGCUGACGGCUACAACUUUGAUAUACAAGUCUCGUCAAUCGGCUUGAUUCGGGAUGUUGUGUACAAUAAGCGGAGAUACAUUUACCAGUCGUUUCUGCCGAGCAAGCCACCGAUCGAAACCGUUAAAUCCCCUUAUGAUGGCUAUGAAAACGCACUGUCUUCCGCACACCUCCAUCUGAAACCCCUUACCAAAAAGGCGAAUUUCCUCCACAAAAUCCCGUCAGAUCAUGACAAGCCAUCGAGCAAGCCGUUCUCUGUGGUACUACCCAUAUCGAGGUGUGCUGUUGAUAAUACACCUUUUGCGUUCGUCCAGCUCGCAUUGCUCAUCCCAUCGAUAAUGCAUCGCUUCGAAUCGUACCUCAUUGCCGAGAAGCUUUCCAAGUCUAUCUUGAAGAAAGUCGAUAUCUCGGAUUUGAAACUCGUCCGGACAGCUAUCAUUGCUUCGAAGGUCGGCUUAGACCGGUUCAUCAUCACACAACCAUUCAAAGGCCUGAAAUGGAGACCUCUCUAUGACGAAGACCUACUUGCAAUGGCAAAUCAGAAUGGGGAAAGGGAGGUGUCAUCAAAAGUGCUAGCUGAUGUUGUGGAGGCUCUCGUGGGAGCAGCAAUGGUCAAUGGAGGAUUUCCAAAAGCCCUCGCAUGCCUCCAGGUCUUCCUUCCAGAAAUACAAUGGAAGCCUCUUAAUACAAGAAGAGGGGAAUUGUUCGAACGAGCUGCCGACACCGACCUCCCCGAAGGUUUGAAGCCGCUUGAGACACUGAUUGGAUACCAAUUCAACAGAAAGGCACUCCUUUUAGAAGGAAUCACCCACGCUUCGUACAACGCGGGCUUGCAGUCUUACGAGAGGUUGGAGUUCUUGGGAGAUUCAAUCCUCGACAACAUUGUGGUAUUAGCCAUGUACGCCCAAAACCCAGAGCUUUCCCAUUUCCAAAUGCAUCUCCUUCGCACCGCAUUGGUAAACGCAGACUUUUUGGCCUUCCUCUGCAUGAGCUGGGGUAUCGAGCAAGAAGAAUCCAGCCUCCAACAAACGGGCGGCAAGGGUAGUGGCAGCGAUCCUGCUACUUUUGAAGAAAUUUCGACGACAGUCAAGUUCCCCCUCUGGCGCUUUUUGCGGCACAUGUCACCCACUCUAAGUUCCGUACAACUCGCUACGUCGAAACACUUCGCCGAGCUACAGCCCGAGAUCGAAAAGGUAAUCGAGAACGGCUCUCACUACCCCUGGGCCCUCCUCGCCAAGCUCCAAGCGCAGAAGUUCUACUCGGAUAUCGUCGAGAGUCUCUUAGGAGCAGUGUGGAUCGAUUCUGGCUCGCUAGACGAAUGCACGGCAAUGGUCGAGAGGAUGGGUAUUCUCAAAUACCUCCGGCGCAUAGUGCAGGAUGGCGUUCAUGUGAUGCACCCGAAGGAAGAACUGGGUAUCCUAGCCGACGACCUCAAAGUCAAGUAUUCGAUAAGGAUCGAUAGUGUGAAACAGUAUGUGUGCGAGGUGUUUGUGGGCGCGGAGAGGAUUGUUCAGUAUGAAGGAGGUGUGAGUAAAAUGGAGGCGCAGACAAAGGCCGCGGAACUAGCUGUCGCUAUUCUGGGGACGCGAAAGGAUGGUGUUGGUGGCGGGGAGGUGGAUGUUGUAGGCGAUGCAAUGGUUGAAUAG